GUAAGACAGUAUCUGUCAGAUUUCCGUGGAAGGAAGGUCAGCUAACGGAAGCUCUUCAUUUGUUCACAAGGGUUCCGUGAUUGCUUAGCCUCUUACAAGAAAUCAUACCAUAGCAUAAUUCUUAGGUCCAGUGGUGUUAUGUUGCAAUGGCUACUCUGUGCUUCUCUCAGCCUGCGGUUCACAAUUUUAGUCAGGUUCCCAUGUAUGGCACGAGCGCCACAGAGGAUCUGCAGAGGUACAACUUCAGCUCCGAAAACACACACUGUUACCCCCUGAGCAACAAUGCAUCGGUUAGCUCCCUGUACAACGUCCCAUUUUCAAAUGCAUCCAACACUGUCAACACCUACCCAGCAGAUUUGUCACAUUCACAGUUUCCAGCCAACUACACCAGUGUCUCCUCUUGUUUGCAUCACCACGCUCUUGGCGGAUUCCCUGCGGGCGCGAUGACGGAAGCCAACUCGCUGGUGAGCCCUGUUGACUCCAGCUGGAUGCGAACUAAUGCAGCCAAUACCGGGUCCUUAGUUUACAGCACACGCUAUGAAAAUUAUUCAUACCUGACUCAAUACUCUCCUCGUUAUCCGGUGGCGCCUUCUGCAACAGGCCUAGGACCCAGAGGCUUCCAUUCGGGGUUCUCUAAUAUAAACCAAAACGUCGCCUCCUGCUCUAACCAGCAAGUUGAUCAAGUAGCCGUCGACUUUAUCAAUAAAGACAGUAAUAUCAAAGUACGAAAAUCUCAGCGUUGCCAAUGUCCCGCAUGCGUUUGCGAAUCAUCCUCCGCCUCAAGCAGCAAGAGAAGGAGACACAUCUGCCACAUUCCCGGGUGCAACAAACUUUACUGGAAAACGUCCCACCUGAAGGCCCACCUGAGAUGGCACGCUGGAGUUCGACCCUACGUCUGCACCUGGGCCUACUGCUCGAAGGCCUUCACGAGGACAGACGAACUGCAGAGGCACCUGAAGAUUCACACCGGCGAAAAGAAUUUCGUCUGUCCGCACUGCAGCAAGAGAUUCACACGCUCCGAUCACCUCGGGAAACACGUCAAAAUACACGAGCGUCAACAUUCUCCCUCAGGGUCGUGCUCGACGUCCAGUGACAGAGACGCCGACUCUGAUGCAGGCGACAUUAUGAACCAGUGCCAGGUUCCAGAUGGUCAGCUCGUGCCAUCUAAUAGUUUCGUUGCUUUAUUAUGAGGUCAAUCUACUCAGGCAGCCUGAGAAUGUACAGAGCAUAUGUAGCUACAAGCAUCAGUGAGACAAAUCAGUAAUUUUAUUUUUAAUUCUUCUAUUAAGC